UAUAUAUGCACCUCCUGCGGCCGUGCUGAUACAAUACUCCUACACCUUGUGCUAGCUAUAGCUCUUGUUUUGCUGUUCAUCGUCAAGCUGAUUGGCGUGCUCCUGUUGGCAUCAAUCGACCGACAGACCGGCAAUGGACGGCUGCCGGGAUGGAUUCUCCGGCGACUUCAUGGUGCUGCGGCCGGACAAGGGCGGCGUCCGCAGCCUCCUCCACCUGCUGCGCUGCAGCGACGUCGGCGCCAGCGACGCCGUCGACUGCGCCCCUGGCGAGGAGGUGGUCCUAGACCGGUGGCGCCGGUGGAUCAUCUUCCUCUCCGUCGUGGCGCAGAUGCUGCUGCUGUGGGUGAAGACACCCUUGGCCAAGCUCGGGAGCGCCGUCGAGUACUGGAUGAACCUCAUCACGGACAAUGGCGGCGGCGUGCUCAAGCUUAUUAGAAACGCCAUGCAAGGCAAAUUACGAAUUCCGGACAGAGAGUCCCCCAACUAUCGAUCGCUCAUUGGACUCAUCGACAUGAGAGUCGAACUGGACAAGAAGAUCAAGCCAGAGGAUGGCAGUUACCUCGCUGCUCUGGGUAUUAUGGCCUCCAAACUAGCCUACGAGAACGAGCUGGUCAUCAAGAACGUCGUCGAAAAACACUGGCACAUGAAAUUCCUCGAGUUCUUCAACUGCUGGAACGAAUUCCGAGGGGAUCAAGGCGAUUACACGACGCAGGCCUUCAUGUUCGCCGACAAGCCGGCCGACGCCGACCUCGUCGUGGUGGCGUUUCGCGGCACGCAGCCGUUCGACGCGGAGGAUUGGUGCACGGACGUGGACAUCUCGUGGUACGAGAUCCCUGAGGUGGGCAAGGUCCACGGCGGCUUCAUGAAGGCACUCGGGCUGCAAAAGAACGCCACCGGCUGGCCGGCGGAGAUCAAGGCGACCAAGGACCGGCCGUUCGCCUACUACGCCGUCCGAGACGCGCUGAAGAAGUCCCUAGAGGCCAAUCCGCGUGCCCGGUUCGCGGUGACCGGCCACAGCCUGGGCGGCGCGCUCGCCGUGCUGUUCCCGGCCAUCCUCGCCCUACACGGCAAGCACGACCUGCUCGCCAGGCUCCACGGCGUGUACACGUACGGGCAGCCGCGCGUCGGUGACGCGCGGCUGGGGGAGUUCGUGGAGCAGCACCUCGACACGCCGGCGGCGAGGGGGAGGUACUUCCGGUUCGUCUACUGCAACGACAUCGUGCCGAGGGUGCCGUUCGACGGCCUCUUCAAGCACUUCGGCCGGUGCAUCUACUUCGACGGCUACUAUAGGGCGCGGGCCAUGGAGGAGGAGCCCAACAAGAACUACUUCUCGCUUGCGUUCGUGGUGUCCAAGUACGUGAACGCGGCGUGGGAGCUCGCCCGGGGGCUCGUUAUCGGACACGUGGACGGGGCGGAGUACGUGGAGGGGUGGACGAUGAGGGUCGCCCGGGCGGUCGGGCUGAUCAUCCCCGGCCUGCCGGCCCACGCGCCGCAGGACUACGUGAACGCCACCAGACUCGGGGCCGCGUCGCUCGACCUGCUUCUCCGUGACCAUUAAUUGGUUACUACGUAUAGGCCAUACAAUCCAACUUUGGUUGUUUAGCCGUAGUGCGAGAGAUCCAUGGAAAUUGGUUACAUGUCAACCAUUGUUGAUGUUCGAUGAAAUCUGCGUUCGAGCAUUUCCAUGAUUCUUGCAUUCUUCAUGCCACUCCCACCAUAAGUGUUAUUCCCUCCGUUCAUUUUUAUAAGUCGUUUCAGACAAAUGAAAUUGAGCUGUUUUACAUAGUGUCUGAAACAUCUACAAAGCCUUAUAAAAGUGAACAGAGACAGUAGCUGAUUUUAUAGGCCAGUGGAUUUUUUUUUUCAACCAAAAAAAGGAACUCAAUCAUGAUUCAAUCGCGCCCGGCCAAGUGUAUCAUAAUUAAGGGCGGUAUUUUUUCAAGGAGAAACACAAUUUAUUAAUCAAGUGGCGGCCAAGUCUGCCAUACAAAAACCAGAAAUCUCAUCGGGUCUUGAACGGAGCCACACCGCAGUGCGCUUCUAUGUUCUGUCAAAGUUUGCUAAUAAUGACUAACUGAUUGCUUGACUAAGAAUUCUCUACCCUCUUGAAGGAAUGAUUUUUCUUUCUUUCACCAUCAUCGUAUGCGUCGAUCUAGCCUCAUCCAUGCUCAUGAUCAUCUUAACCACAUCCAUGCAACCGGUAUGAAAAAAAAAUCACAGAUUUAAGAAAAAAAGAAAACAGAAAAAGAAGAAGAAAAACCGGUGGGAGUAAAACUGGAAAUGUGCUGACCCAGUUGAAAGCAGAGCUCGAGAAGAAAAAGGGAGAUCCCAGGUCUCCUGGAUUAGGUUUAGCGAAGCCAGCAAUUGGGUAAGCGUCGGGCUAGUGUUGAAUACUAGGGUGCGGUGUACUUAUAGGGAAAAGAGCCGGUUUUCCAUUUUUUUAGGUUUUCUGCUUUUUGUUUUCCAUUAUUUUUCAUUGGUUCUUGUUUAUUUCUUUCUCCAUUUUCGUAGUUUUUUCUUUUUCUUCAGUUUUCCUUUAUUACUUUUCCCGGUUCUAAUUGUUUUUUUUUCACUUUUCUUCUUUUCUCUUGGGUUUCACUGGUUUACUAUACACAUGUAUGGUAUAUAUUUAAUACAUUACUUGAACACACAUUUAAUAUUUUUUAAAUUCUUGAUUAACAUUUAUCAAAUAUCUGAUUAACAUUUUCUAAACACAUGGUCAACUUUUUUUCUACACACAUUUAACAUACUUUUAAAC